AUGUCAAUGGAAGCUGGACCGACACAAGGCCCUGCACGAGAUCGAGGGUACACCUUUGUCACCAAGUCAGUUUUCCGGAACAAGAGCGACAUGGACUUUUAUGAGAAAGAGUGCCCGGCGCACGAGGGUUAUAAGGCAUUUUUGAGAGAGAAUGCUCCGGUGGAGGAUCUUACGACAGUCUGCUUUUCUCCCGAAGUCACCUUUGCAUUGUGA